GGAGGUCCCCGGACACCGGGUUCAGAACCUAGCACCCCCAUGGUGAGGUGGGUUAGGCUUGUUUUCGCAAACGAUCUUCGCGGAUCCGCCCAGGAAGUGGCUGACAGAGCGAGGGAGAGAGAGCGCGAGCGAGAGAAAAAGAGCGAGCGAGAGAGAGAGAGAGAGAGAGAGACAAGAAGACAGACGUCUAACGUUAGCUCCUCGCGACUUGUUGGAAAGUUGGGACUUCGGUACUUCUCUGCGCAGACGGGGUCCCCGCGCUCCCUCUGCUGAUUGUACUUUAGGACCGGAGAGACGACCCGUUGGCGGCUCCUUUGAUGAAGUUAUCAUGGGUUUGAAUGGCGGGGUUUUAUCUCAUGUCGCGUAACGUCAGUGUCCUCGGGAGAAAGUAAAGUUUUUUUUGUCUCCUCCCCGUGAGGUUUAGCUUAAGCUGAGGGGUGAGCUUGAGAGCAAGAAGUGUGAGGUAACGGUCCUUUUCUUCUGUCUUUAUUUUACCCUCUGGAUCCGGUCGUCAUGACGCCCGACCUCCUGAACUUCAAGAAGGGAUGGAUGUCCAAACUGCACGAGAGUGGUGAGUGGAAGAAGCAUUGGUUUGUUUUGACUGACGCUGGACUGAAGUACUACAGAGACUCAAGUGCAGAGGAGAAAGAUGACUUGGACGGAGAGAUUGACCUUAAAUCCUGUGUGAAGGUGUGUGAGUUUGAUGUGGAGAAGAACUAUGGGUUUCAGGUACAGACGCGGGAGGCUGCGCACACACUGUCAGCCAUGACAGCUGGGAUCAGGCGGAACUGGAUAGAAGUUUUGAAGAAGUGCAUCCGGCCCAGCAGCUCUCCAGACCUCACACAAUUACCUGACGGCAGCAGUGACAAGGAAAACUCCCAUUCUCGCUUUCAGCUGUCUUCCUGUCGCCCAUCAUCACGUCAUGUUGAUGUUGUUCAGUCAGAGGUUUCGACCUCCGCUACGCCUGCUCAUCGCAGGUUUGACUAUGUGGAGCUGUCGCCUGUUCCUGCCUCGUCUAGCCCGCUUCCGGCCAGUCAGAGAGAAGCAGCAGAGGGCCAGGGGAGGGAGCACAGCCAGUGGCAGGAGGAGAGGAACACAAGCAGCCAGUGGGAGGCUGUGCUGUCAAGGAGGGGCACCAGCGUGGGAUCGAAACAGAGGCCGCGUGCCGAGGAUGAGAUGGAGAGGAAGUGGGCUGAGUUUGAGCGCAUGCCGUUAAAGGAGAUGAGCUCCUUGCCGACGAUGGGAUCGCGGCCUUCCAGCCAGUCAGCCAACGAGGCGCUGCAGAGGGAGGUAGUGGCGUCACUGAGGCAGCAGCUGGAGCAACUGCAGGGAGGAGGAGGGCGAUGGGGCGGAGGCGUGAGGGGCGGCUGCGGCCCCGAGGCCCCCUGCGGCCGCAGCCUGGGCACCAUGGAGCGCGCUCACCGCCAGGCGAUGGAGGAGCUGCAGAGGCAGCACGAGCGCCAGCUCAAGGAGCUGGAGACCGACAAAGACAGGCUGCUGCUGGAGGAGACCCGGGACACGGCACGAGUAAUGGAGGCUUUGAAGAAGAAGCACAAAGACGAGCUUGAGCAAGAGCUGGAGAGAGUCAAAAAGCUGAGCAGCGGAGUGCUUGAUUCACAGACUUCGCGAGCCCAACAACAGGCAGAAACUCAGGCCUUUCAGAGAGAGCUGGCCGGACUGUCUGAGCGCUACUCUCAGAAGUGUCUGGAGCUGAACAGAGCUGAGCAGAACGGUGCCGAGCGAGAGAGGGAGAUCAGCCGCAAGGAGAGAGAUAUGGAGCAGCUGAGGAAAGAGAGCCAGGACUUAAAAGCCCGCUUGGCGGUGGAGAUCAGUCGCACGCGAUCCUCCAUCACAUAUCCGAGCUCGGAGAACCGCAAAGACAGGACGCCCUGUGAACUAGAGGUUCUUCUCAGAGUGAAAGAAAACGAGAUUGAGUACCUAAACAAGGAGAUCAGCUGUCUGAGGAAUGAGCUGCAGUUUCUUAACACGGAGAAACGGCUGGCCUGUGAACGCUACACGGAGGUACACGAGGAGCUGAGCGGGAUGAAGGGCCGGAGCGAGCGAGAGAUCCAGAGUCUGAAGGAGCACUUGAGGCUGGCCAUGGCUGCUCUGCAGGAGGGGCAAAAGCUGGGCAACAGCCUGGACCACUGAGACACUGCUGCUGGGACCAGUGCUCUGGCAGACUUGGAGACAGGUGUGUCUGCACCACUGAAUCAAAGAAGUAUUCAGCUGCAAAGAAAAAGUGGAGGACUUGUACAGUUCGGCUGUGUGGGGACCAUGAUAGUGCCUUAGUUUUCAACCCUUCUGCCAAUGAGCAGCAUAGAAUAGCGAUUAGCUGGUUUUGUUACACUGGACCACACACAUUAUAUAAAACUGCACUUUUUAUGUUUUAUUUUAGCUUUUGCUUGCUUUGAGUGCAAGAAUGUAUGAGUGCGCAUUUGGUCUGAAAACUGGAAUAUUCUUUGUGUGACAUUUUUUAUUAUCAGGUAUUGUAGAUAGAGUUCUUACUGUAUCAGCUUUUCUUUUCUUUUUUUUCUGCAUACAUAAGAGCUACUGUCAUCUCAGUUUUCUUUGUUGUACAGCUUUUGAGUCUUUUUUUUAAUCUGUGAAAAUGGCUUGUUUUUUUAGAAAUGGGAGCUUAUCAUUUGCUGUAAUUACAUUUUGAUUUUGAUUUUUUACCUGGAAAGAAGUGCACUUACGUAGUGUCGUGUUUGUGACCAUGAAGUUCUGAAACAUACAUUGGGAUUAAUACAAGGUGGCAAACGUUUCUAAUUCCUGGCAGGCUGAAUUGGAAGUUGGUCUCCGAUUGUAGAGCUGUUGAAUGAAUGUUGUCCCACAUCACAGAUGUCUUUAUUUUUGAAACCAUGGCUGAGAAGCAGGAAGUCUCCAGUUUCCAGUCCCCCCCCCCCCCCCCUGAUCAUGGUUGACAUUUGUGCCACCACUUAACAAAUGACAGGUGUUGAAUCAAUGAGCCAAUUCUUUUAUUGACAGUAUGAAUUGUGAUAACAUGACUUAUCUACCUGCCUUUUUGAAAAUAUUUUGUUCAUAUUUAAUGUACUGUAAAGCCUGUAUCAUCUUUAUAAAUUAUACACUUUUUGCAAUCAAUAAAAUGAGUUCAGCAGAAACA